GGCGUCGAAGAAUAGCGAAUUGGUUGAGUUAUUUCGAGCGUCUUCUAGAAAGAACUCUAUCCAUCUAUUUCCUCUGUUCCGAGCUUGGCUAUGUUGUUUUCUUCUAAAGUCAUUCGGGAAAGGAUUGGGAGAGAGAAAGGGAAAAUCGAAAGCAAAGGAAUAAACGGAAUUGGAACCCCUCUCGUAGCUAACUAAUGGCAGCGUACCGAUGGAAGAGCUUCGAGGAGAACGAGGAUAGGCCCGUGAAGCCUCGUCGUUUUGGCGUCACCGAAAUGCGAAGCCCUCACUAUAAUCUCUUUUCCCACAACCUUCUCCAGGAUAUUUUCGAAUCUAUGGGAGAGUAUGUUGACGGGUUGAAGUUUUCUGGAGGUUCUCACAGCUUGAUGCCAAAGGCUACUAUCAAGCAAGUGAUUGACAUGGCCCAUCAGCAUAAUGUUUAUGUCAGUACGGGUGAUUGGGCCGAGCACAUGAUUCGCAAAGGUCCAUCAGGUUUCAAAGAAUAUGUGGAGGCAUGCAAGCAGACGGGGUUUGACACAAUUGAGCUCAAUGUGAGCUCACUUGGGAUUCCUGAGGAAACCCUUUUGAGAUUUGUCCGCUUGGUCAAAAGUGGUGGUCUGAAAGCUAAGCCUCAUUUUGAAGUGAAGUUUAAUGAGUCAGAUAUUCCCAAAGGUGGUGACAGGGCUUAUGGGGCUUAUAUUCCCCCAGCACCUAGAUCAUUCGAAUUUGUAGAGGAUGUGGAUCUCUUGAUCAGAAGGGCUGAAAGAUGUUUAGAAGCAGGUGCAGACAUGAUAAUGAUUGAUGCUGAUGAUGUCAGCAAACAUGCUGAUAACAUGCGUGCUGAUAUUAUUGCGAAGAUCAUAGGGCGCCUUGGUCUUGAGAAGACUAUGUUUGAAGCAUCAAAUCAGAGAACAUCCGAGUGGUUCAUCAAACAAUAUGGUCCUAAGGUGAACCUCUUCAUUGAUCAUUCGCAUGUGGUGGAUGUGGAAUGCCUCCGGGGACGUAACUUGGGUGUAAAUCAUGCUUCUGUCCUUGGUUCGUCAUAUUUCCUGUUCUGAAGUGAUGGGAAUUCGUUUAGCACCAAGUGGGAUUGAUCUGUUUGUGUAUAAUUUAAGUCUUGAGUUGUGUGAUACAGACAUACAGUUGGUGUGAUACGUAUUUCCUUUAAUGAGUGGAGAUUGAAAAAAUUUAAAUGGAGAGAUUGAAAUAAAUGUGUCAUGUUUUUCUUGGAAUUUA